AUGACGUCCGCGAGGAACGACUUUGGGUACCGCAAGAGCCUGUCGCGCGUGCUCAAGGACAUGUCCUCUGAGCAGCAAAACGCCGUCAAGAAAGACCGAUACAGCGAUGAAUUAGAUGUAAAACAUUCGCAGACGCAAUUGACCAGUCGAAAAUGCCGAGUGCGAACAGCAGUGGAUCCGAAUCGCAAAGUUUGGCAGUAA